AGGAAUAAACCGACAUGGCCAAUCUUUCAUGCUGGGUUGCGCGUUUGUGAGGCAGGAGUUGGCAUCGAGCUUUGAUUGGGUCUUUGGAGCAUUCCUAGAGGCUAUGGAUGGAAAACCUCCUGACAACUUCAUCACCGAUCAGGAUGGUGCGAUGAGGCAGUCAAUACAGAGCAUCUUUCCAACCACCGUGCACCGUUGUUGUCGAUGGCACAUCAUGAAAAAGGCUCAGGAAAAGGUUGGUUGGUUGCUGUGCCGGAAUCCAGGACUCUCUGAUGAUUUCAACAAGUGUGUUGACUUCAGCUUCACUAUAGACGAGUUUGAGCAGAAUUGGGCUGGGUUAAUGAUGAAGUAUGAGGCUAUGGCACACACGCACUUUGAGAAGUUGUAUGAAUACAGGUCAACUUGGGUGCCGUGCUACUUCAAACACAUGUUCUUUCCCUUCCUCCAGUCUACACAGCGUAGUGAGGGGUUCAACGCCGUCCUCAAAAGAUAUGUGAACCCACACAACUCAAUGUUGAACUUCGUCAAGCAAUAUGAAAAAAUACAGAACCACAUCCUUGCCAAGGAAGGCUGCAAUGAUUACAGGACACAACACCUUGAGAUUGAGUUGUGGUCCAACUUCCCAAUAGAGAAGCAAGCUUACAAAACCUAUACUAGAGACCUUUGCCGCAAGUUUAGAGAAGAGUUUGAGCUGAUUGGACGUUAUAAUGCAUUUCAAGUUGGUGCUGAUGUGUUUGAGCUCAGACCGAACCAGGAAUUUGUUGCAAAAUAUGGUUCUCGAAACUACUUGGUGCAGGCAAGGGUGGAGGAGUGUUCCUAUUUGUGUGAGUGUUGUAAAAUGGACAAGGAUGGCAUCCUCUGUUGCCACAUCCUCAAGGUGUUCACCCAUGUUGGCGUUGAUGUCAUACCGGAAAGGUACCUGCUAAGACGGUGGACACCUACUGCUGUACCUAGUGCGCCAGGGACUGGUUAUGAGAAACCGGAUGAAAUGCCUCCUCAAUCAAAGAAGCAGAUAAGGGAGAGGAACAUGAUAUACGAUUUUUGGAAACUAGCAAAGUUUGCGAGUGGUUCUGAUCCAGCACAAGCUAUUGUAUACAAGCAUAUGCGUGCAGCAUGUACCGAGAUCGGCCACCUGAACAAGUCCAAGAAAAGGAAAAAACCGACUACUGCAACGGGGCCAUCAGAUGAUGGCAACCCUCGAGGACCUCCUCCACCUCCAGGCAGCAAUCAGGGGGCUCAUCAUCCAGUUAUGCAUAUAUGUGAUGUCAACCCUCAAGGACCUCCUCCCCCUCCUGGAUGUACACGGCAUCCUCCGCCACCUCCUCCCCCGCAUGCUCCUCCCAAUGGCCCUACAGGCAGCACUCAGGGGGCUCGUCGUCUAGGUGAUGCCAACCCUCAAAGACCUCCUCCCCCGCCAGGCCCAACUAGCAGUGCCCUUUGUGCUACUCCCAAUGGACCUACAGGCAGGACUCAGGGGGCUCAUAACCCAGGCGACUACAAUCCAAGUACCAUGACAGGCCGUGCUACUGCAGGUGAUCGUGACGGUCCUACUGCCCCGUUGGAGGCUGCAUCCCUUGCACAAGCUUCUGAUGAUUUUGUGCCCAGGGAUCCUCCAAGGUCUACUACAAAGGGUAGGGCAAAGAGUCGACGGUACAAAUCGGCAUUGGAGCUACACCCAAAGAAGAAAAACAAAUGCAGCCAGUGCCAAUCUACAGAGCACACUACUGGUGUGUGUCCACAGAGGCUCCUAUGAUUCUGUUUCCUCAUUUGUAACUUUGGAACAAAAAAGGGAAAAUAAUGAUGUCUUUUUUAGCAAUGUUGGGACCAAGUGGACACAUUCAGCAUCUAUGAUUCCUCUUUAUCUAAUUUAUGCUGCUUGAAUUAGUUCAUGCACUGUGUAA